UGUUGUUUGGUUUGGUUAGUUUUUAGUUGGUUAGUUGAAUCUCAAGACAACGGACAUAUGUACAUACUCGUACAUAGCCAUCGGAUCGAUACCCCCCGUACUACAGUCCCCCGGCCACCGUCCCCUGUCUUAAACAACCAAGCGAAUUGCAAUUGCAAUUGCAUUCCAACGUGCGUGAGUGAAAUACUCUAGGAAACUGCGCGUGAGCGAAAGAAUGGAUGAAUCGGCGCGUGAGUGAGUGGUGGGACAACAACUGACGACCACAUCAAUUGGAUGGGGAAUAGAAAAGUGCAUGGAAUAACCGUUACCGUUAUAAGCGGUAAAUGCAGCGAGCCGUUUCAUUAUAUUUGAAAUGCAAAAUACCGUUAGACAGAAACAACAAGAAAUAGAGGAACCCUUCCCCAACUCCGUGGCAGAAGCCGCCAUUACAAGUUACAAAAGGAGCAACCAUUGAAAAGCGUGAAGCACGUACACACACACUAGCAAACACACACAGACAAAGAAGAUAAAGAGCAAAAAUAGAGAAGAGGAGAGAUCUCAGCGUUACGCCUACUCAGCAAAAACGGGUGGGCGGCAGGAGGAAGGAGGAGCAACGAAAAAGCGGCUGACUACAACAAAAAUUCUCAAAUGGAGACGAAGAACAACCCACCCCCAGUGACGACGAGCAACUAUCACCACCAGCGGGCGCCGCGCACACCGGAAAGCUAUUUCAAUGUGCCAGAGUCGGUGGCUCUGCUGAAUAUUGUCAAGUCGGAGCGCAUACAGAGUGCGUUCCAGUCGAACCGGAAGAACCAUGCCAGUGUGUGGGAGAUGGUGGCCGAGGUGCUGAAUCGGUUCAGUGCCCGCAAGCGGACGGCCAAGCAGUGCUGCAAUCGGUACGAGAACCUCAAGAAGAUCUACACGCAGCUGAAGAAGAAUCCGGAGCGACACGUGCGUCGCAACUGGCCGUACAUGUUCCUGUUCAAGGAGAUCGAGGAGCAGCGCGGCGAGUGCUGGGGCUCCAACGGCAAGCGUCUGGCUCUCAUCUCCAAGAAUCACAACGAGCUCUCCUACUACCAGCGCCGGCGACAGGCGGCCGAGCUCGGCGUCCUGCUGAACAAGGACAAUCUCACGCCCCACCAGCACAGCCUGCUGCAGAGCCUCAGCCAGAGCCAUGCCCACUCCACGGACUCGUCGCAGAGCGGUGCCAGCAAGCUGGAGCGCUUCCUGCCCAACCACUUUGUUGAGACGCAGCUGAACGACGUGCCCUGCUCCAACGGCAACGGCCUGACGGUGGGCCUGCCCGCCGGCGUCUAUGACGACAAUCCCAAUCCCCUUCAGCUGCAUGUGGCCGGCGCUGUGGCGGCUGCCGCAGCUGCCGCUGCCGUGGCCGCCCAAAAGCGGAGCAAUGAACUGCACCUGAGCAAUGGCGGCUGUGUUCAGCUGCCGCCGGAUGAGGACGAGGACGACGAGCCACAGAAUGCUGCAUUUAAGGAUCAUCAUCAUGGACUUGGUCACGGACACGGACACGGCCAUAGUCUGGGGCACGGCCAUGGUCUGGGGCAUGGUCUUCAUCUGGGACAUGGCAUUGGUCCUGUUCAUGGUCAUGGGCAUAUGGAUGACACCGCCGAAACGCCCGACUACGAGAAGGACUGCAAUGGAGCCCUCAACUUGCACCAUCAGAACAAUAACAACAACGACAACAACAUAUCCAUGAAAUCGGAGCCACUUUCGGAGGGGGAAUUCAAUCCGGAUGACAUUCAGCUGAUGCAGACCAACUACAAUGGGACACAGAACUAUUACUCGCCGGGCAUCGACCAGAACAUCCUGCAUCCGGAUGUUAUCGUGGACACGGACAAUCUGUCCGACUGCAGCUCCUCCACCUCGCUGAAGAAGAGCAAGCGCAAGCUGUCCACCUCCACCGAUGGCGACAGCACCAAUUACGAGCUGAUCGAGUAUUUGAAGAGGCGCGAGAAGCGCGACGAAGAGCUCCUCAAACGGAUGGAUGCACGCGAGGAGCGAUUCAUGAAUCUUCUGGAUCGGACGGUGAUUGCCAUUGAGAAGCUGGCUGCGGGCAGGACGUCAGUCCCAGAGACACAGCUGGGCACCAGUACCAUCAGUCAGCCAAUAGCUCCUUCUCCCUCAGCACAGGCACCACCAGCAGCAACAGCGCCAGCAGCAGCAGCAGAAGCAGCAACAGCAGCAACAACAGUAGAAACAGCAGCAGACAGCAGCAGAAGCAGCUUCACCGCUACCGCCAGCAUCCUCCACUCAUCUGAUAGCCAAACCCACCGAGCAGACCAGCCCCGUGUUGUCAGUGAAGUCGUCACCCAGCCACCGUAGUCGCAGUCCGACAUUGGAGCGAGAUGAACCAAGCAGCGCUGCUGCUACUGCUGCUGUUGUUGUUCUGGUACCCGAUGAACCGGAUGUCGAUGCUCAGGCGGAGGCACUGACAGCGAGUGCUGCAUCCACGGAUGCGUAGGUUAUAUACUUCUUACUUAAUACCCCCACAAUCUCCACCAAAAAAAAAACAAACCACUCGUGAACCGGAUGGAGGAGACCCGGAUCGGAGAAUUACCAAAGUACCAAAGACGAGCUACGUCUCGAAUUUUAAUUGAGAUUUGCAACGUUUACAUAGAGCCGGGGACGCAGCGCCACAUCCCCGUCAUCCAUGACAGCCAAAAGUGCUUAAGGAUUCCUACGCCACCGCCCCGAACGGAGGAAGUCCCCCAAAACCGGAAUAUUGCGAAUCGCAAUGUUUGUGCCAGAAAUAAUUUUAAAAAACGUUUAUUUUAGUCUAAGUUCAAAUCAGAGGAGGAGAAAAAGUUCUGCAACUGCAACGCUCUUCUCCUGCUUCUGCUGCGGGGUCGGAUCGGCCGAAUUGCCAUGAUUUAUAAGCAAUCGAAAAUUUCUAUGAUAAUCUAGUUGCGAGCUGAAAUGGGGCUCAAAAUGCAUUUGUGCAGGAACUUAUACACAUAAUCAUCUCUCUCUCCCACUACCACUACCAUUCUCUCUCUAUAUC